AUGUACAAAAUUACUUCUAAAUUGAAGCUUUGUGGAGAUAAUAUCAGUAACUAUGAUAUGCUUGAAAAAACAUUCACAACGUUUCUCCAUGUCUCCAGUAUGGUCCUACAACGGCAGUAUCAAGAGAAAAGUUUCAAAAAACACUCCGAGAUGCUUUCUGUUCUCCUUGUGGCUAAACGAAAUAAUGAGUUGCCCAUGAAAAAUCACGAUAAUCAACCUACUAGGUCUACACCAUUACCCGAAGUGAAUGAGGUAUAUUUCCAUUAUGCUAAGCGUGAAAAAGGUUGUGGCCCUGUUUGUGGUCGUGGCCGUGGACAUUGCCAAGGAAGAACUUUUUCUAGUAUUAAUCAUCCCCCAAAGAAAAAUAGCCACCAAAAGUGGAAAGGGAAAGAUGAGAAGCCAAAAGCAAAGGAAUCAGAAACUAGAUGUUAUCGUUGUAGUGAAAAAGGGCAUUGGGCAAAUAUUUAUCGUACAACAAGACAUUUGGUUGUGAUUUAUCAAGCAUCUAAAAAGAUUUAA